CACCACUCUCGCGAUGAACGGCUGCUAUAACACAAUAAAGUACACGGGCCUGCUCUCAAAUCUGCUCUAUAUGCUACUCGGCAUAGGAGUGAUGUCUGGAGCAGGACUAGGACUGCAGAUGGCGGAGCCCAAUACGCCAGAGCACACUUAUUUCGUGAAGAGCUUGGUCUUGGGUGGCUCCAUUUGCAUGAUCGUGAUGUUCGGAUGCUAUGGCAUGGUCGCCAACUUGCUUUGUGUCAAUCUGAUUUUCACCAUGUUCAUACUGAUCGCUCUGGCAGCGGAGUACCUUCAGCUGCACCACUAUCACAGUCCGUCCCUCAGGAGCCCGGGUGGCGCCUGGCAGCAACUGGAAUUAGCUUGGCAUGGCCUGGACAGAGACCCCGAGCUCAUGCACCAGUACGAGGCCUCCCAGCACUGCUGCGGCUACAAUGGUGCCGACGAUUACAAGCGCCUGCAUCUGCUGGUGCCGGCGAGUUGUUAUCAGGCCGCUGUUAAUGACACCGCCCAGCAGAUCUAUCCAAGCGGCUGCCUCGAGACGUUGAACCGCAGCCAGCGGUACAUCCAGCACCGCGAUAAGCUCUACAUGUGGGCCAUCGUUGGCCUUGAGAUCUUCAUACUGCUGCAAACUGUGGCGCUGAGUGUGCUGCUCUUUCGACUACGACAGCGGCAGCGCAUCGCACGAAGACAGGUGCCGCCAGGUGUGCGGCGGGAACCGCGCUCCAACCAUGUGUCCGCCUCUCGUGCGCACCUACUGAACGACGCCUGAGCUACCAUUAAGAUCUUAUGAAAACUUUGGUUUAUUAUUUAUCCAAGUGGCAAGUGCUUAUCUAUAAAUGUCAUUCGUGGUUAGUAGGUGUAGCGACGAGUCUUGUUGGUCAGCUGGCAGCACAAGGUGAUACCCAAGAUGAUGCCUACGACCUGUAAUAAAAGAAACAAAGUGUUGCAUUAAACAUUUAAUGCCUGUCAGUUCUCAAUCAUUUUGUUCGACAAGUGCUACUAGAGACUUGCAAAUUCGAGUCUUGCAGGUCUGAAAGCUUUGCCCACCUCGUAGCCAAUAAGUCCGCAGUGGACCCAUUUCUCGUAUCGGUAGAUCUGCAGAUAAGCCCGCUUCACGGCAGCCAUGCAGCCCUCCCCAUACGGAUACAAGGCGUGAAUGCCGUCCUUGGUGUGGAAACAGCUGCGAGGCACCUUCAUGUUGAGGCUCGUGUAGUCGGAGAAUCCCUUGUCGCCACAGCACUCGUACUGGAAAAGGGGAAAGAGGGCAUUUAAGGAUCGUAGCAUGAUCGCUCUGGGGAAGGACCCACCUCCUGCUGCAAGUCUUGCAUGGCGCCGUGAUGGACCAGCUCCUUCAUCCAGAGAUCCAUCACGUACACCUCAGUGGCGUCCAGCUGUUUGGUCUCAUUGUAGUGGGACACCUUCCAGAUGUGCGAGGCUAUCAGAGCCAGAAGCAGAAUCAAGUUCUAAAAGCCGAGGCAUUGGAAGUGCUCAUCAAUCGACAAACCAUCUGUUCUGGCUACUUACCACCACCAUCACCUUGAUGGAACCGAAUAUGGCACCCAGGCAACCGACCAGUCCGGCCAAGAUCAGAGCACCUGCCAUUCCCAGUUGGACGAACUUCUCUGUGUGCUCCGCAGAGCCCUCGUUGAACUUAUCCAGCUCAUAGACGCCGGCCAGGGCCGCAAGGACGCCGACGAUCUGGAUCGGUAUUAAAAUUAUGAAUUAUGCCUGCGCACAUUAAGCGUUUGUUAAUGGCCCAUGAAAUGGGCAAACAAAAUCUUCAGAGACAAACUUUCGGCUCGUGGGAUACGUCAUCGGGUAGCGAGAACAACCAAAAUAAAAACAAACCGGGCGCAAAAAUAAAUUAAAUUACUUUGGGCUUUAUUUUUAAAUGGCACAUACACAGUUUCCUUUCUUGUUGCUGUCGCUUCGAUUGUGCCGAAAAUGCGACUGGCCAACAAAAGUGGGCAGAACGAGAGCCGCCAAGUGACAUCUUGUCUGGUGGAAAUGGAAAUUUUGAAUGAGAUUUGUUUGCUGCCAAAUUGGCCAGCUACUCGGCCCGUCCAGUAAGAAAUUACAAGCGGCAAUGAAAAAUGGACAAGAAUGAAAGACACUUUAUGAUCGUGCUUUGACAGACUGCCAGCGGCGAGUUAAUUUUGAAUCGUGAUUUCCAUCAGCAAGUGCUUUUAUUACUCAUACGCAGUGUGUGACUCAAGAACAGUUGCACUGAAAUUAUCAAGGAACAGUGACAAUGAAUAAAUGCUUGGCCUGUGGCUUGCGUUUCCCAGUGGCGAUCAUGGAAAGUUUAUGUCGGCUAAUGAUGCGUAAUACUAACGCGUUUUCCCACAAGAUAUCCUCCUUACCAACGUCAGCGUACUGAAGACAACCGAGGUCCAUUGUAGGCACACGCGAACCGUGGGCAUUUUUUACUUGCGAUGCAGUUUUUUCUGUUUCUUUAUUUUUGAUCAAUCUUAUUCAGCGCUCAUCCGAGCAGCGACUCCAGGCAGCGGACGCGUUUCCCGGGAAAAUUCGCUUUCCACUCUCGACCGUCUGUGCGUGGCGGUGACCGAACCGUUAGUGCCGUCGGACAUCGGUCGGGGCCAAAAUAAAGCAAGACCCGAAAAAGCGCUAAGAAGCUGCGAACUGUUUACAAAUCCGCCGAGUGGCCGUCCGUGUCCGCAUCCGUGUCCGUCUCGGUCUCCGUUUCGGCGUUUCGUGUGCCGGUCGUUACUCAGGAGACCGGCGUUCACCAGACCUCAAUGGCACCCCGCCCCAUCCGCCCGACACUGAGAGAAACACAUUAUAAUUACGCCUAUAAAAAUUUAAGAUUUAUUGUAUAGAUGCCUUAUAACUUUGAAAUAAGUUUAAAUAACUGACCGAAAUUUACCCAGUGAU